UCACCAGAAAUCUGCCCUUAGCCCGCUUCUGUUUAUAACAGUAAUGGAGGAGGCAACAAAGGAAACAAGAGGAGAGGCACCAUGGGAGGUGCUGUAUGCAGAUGAUUUGGCCUAGUAAAUGCAGAGACAGCAGAAGAAUUGAAAGAAAAGUUUAAUAAAUGGAAGGAAGGAAUGGAGGAGAAAGGUUUGAAAAUUAAUAUGGAAAAACAAAGUACAGGUAACUCUCGAUUUACGCGAGUAUUGUGUUCUUGAAGAGGUCGCGGAAAUCAAAAAUAAUGUAAAUCAAACAAGAGGUAGGUUUCUAUCGAAAAAUAUAUAUUCACUUUAUUCAGGAAGGGGGGGGGAGAGAGAGAGAUAGAGAGAGAGAGAGAGAGAAUAUCCAUAUCACCGAGAUAUCCACUCAGGCACUUAGUCUCAGCCUCACUCGUGUGAGGAAGAAAUGAGGGACGCCAUGAGCAACUGGCUAGUAUUGGUACCGGUAUCGAGCAGUCUGGUACUGGUAGCAUACCGUUGAGCUGGUACCGUUAGGUACUGGUACCAGUACCUGCCCACCCCUAUUGUUGAGUAGCGUGGCAGCGUGGGUACUGUAUUGUUGUUCAAGUGGUGCGCGAGAAGAACUUAGCUCAGCUGUGUGGCCGCGGCGCCAUGUGAAUCCAGUUGCGUGAGACAUCUGGUGGCCACUCCAUAAAAUAUCACGUAUAAGUGAAAAAACGUGUAAAUUAAACGUUUAUUUGGAUUUGGAUCAGGUGGCAAGAGAGGGUGUCCAGUGUAGAUGUAGAUAACAUAUGUGGAGAGGACCUGGAAACAGUGCUCAGAAGAGAAAAACUCCGAUGGUUUGGACAUGUAGAGAGAGCAGGUGAGGAUACAGUGCUGGGAGCUGUGGAGAGAUUAGAGGUAGAAGGAAGGAGACCAGUUGGUAGACCUAGGAAAACGUGGAGGUGUAUUCAAGAAGACUUGGCAUUGAUGAGAUUGGAUGAACAUCAGGCAGAAGACAGAGUAGAAUGGAGGAGAGCCAUAAAGCAUCCAACCGCUCAGGAAAAGAGAAAACAGAUGUUAAACGAGAUGAUGGUGAUGAUAUAUAUAUAUAUAUAUAUAUAUAUAUAUAUAUAUAUAUAUAUAUAUAUAUAUAUAUAUAUAUAUAUAUAUAUAUAUAUAUAUAUAUAUAUAUAUAUAUAUAUAUAUAUAUAUAUACAGUAUAUUCUUUAUACAAUUGGCCUAGUGCUGGUAGACUUUUAUAUUGGGCCUUUAGGUCAGCCCCCAUCAGUUAGUGACGAAGGCAAGCGUUUUUAUAGAAGCAACAUUCUUGUUUCUCCCAUGCUACCCCCAAGAGCUCCACUUGAGUUUUGCUGGAGUCUGUGUUGAUAGAUGGUCAUCAGGACAGCAUGUGGGUAGUCUUAGGUCACUCAGCAAUGACUCUAUAUUGUCAGCUUUUAGUGGCGGGUGGGACUUCACCCUGGAUCCUCCAGGACACCACACCCGCACACUGACAACUCAGCAACUGCUGCCCCUCCCCGUGUCCUGGGACAAUGGGUUCUAACAUAGGCUCAAGGGCAGAGGUGAUGGAGAUAAGCGAUGAUGCACAUGCAGUUCUGUGGCAUAUGCCACAAACUUUACAGGAAUUGUUUGGCUGACCUGAGUAAUCUAUUUCAUGGACACUGACAAUUCAUUUCAGGGUAAAAUAUGAUGCUUUUUCAGGAGGAUAGUAGAUAUCACUGUAAAACAGCUGUAAAAGUGCUAAAGCUAAUUUAGUGCAGAUUUACAAUAAAGCCCUUUUCAGUAAACGAAAUAUCUCUAUGACAAAAUUAAUCAUAUUUUACUCAGAAAUAAGUUAGUGUCUUGAAUAAUUGAGGAAUAUCAUCAAAAUGCCAAGGAAAGCUAUUCUGUGCUGUGCCUGUUAGGACACCUUGGUCAGCUGUCUUGAGCCCUGGAUAGUAAACUUUCAAUGCUGAAUUUGCUAAGGCCAAGAAAAUCUAGCAAGGCAACCAAUAGCUCUGACAUUAACUCCUUCAACCUGAAUUAUGUUAAUAGGUGAGGUACUAGAUCCAGGACAAUCCUGGAUUCAGAAGAUCUAGAGGAAACGUAUUUAGAACAAGUAUCAGAUCAUUAUUGCUAUACAGCUCUGAGACAUGGGCUCUAAUGAAGAAGUUGGAGGAUAUGCUGGUUGGCUGUGAUCGUUGUAUGUUGAGGUAUAUGGCUGGGAUCACAUAGAGAGAUGGGGUGUCCAGUGAGGUGGCAAUAUGUGGACUGAAGGAGCUGAGUACAGUGCUGAGAGUAUGGAGAUUGAGGUGGUUUGGACAUAUAAAAGGGAAGGAGAUGGUGAGACACUGGAGAGAACUGUUGGGGUGGAACUGCCAGGUCACUAACCACCAGGCAGGACAUAGAAGACAUGGAAGCAGUGUGAUGAUGAGUAUUUGGCACCACUGGCCAUUGGAGAGGCUGAGGCAAUGGACAGAAAUCGUUGGAAGCAUAUCAUCGACCAUCUGACUUCAUAAAAAAAAAUAAAAAAAAUUAAAAAUUGGGAACACCUAACUACAAACAGAUGAUGAUGAUACUGGAUGCAGGAGAGAUAAGCCUACCCCCCCUCUCUCUCUCUCUCUCUCUCUCUUUACAUGUUAAUCCAUGUAUUCAUCGAGAUCAGUGGUUCUUAACUUGGGUUCGACCAAACCCAAGGGGUUCAGCGAGCCAGUCUCAGGGGUUCUGUAAAGAUCCUCCCUAAGACAUUGCAAUUUUGCAAUUGAAUUUUAAGCAAAUUUUCUUUAAUAUUUUUAUAGAUUAAAAUGGAAUCCAUUCUCUGUACCUAUUAUCCAAAAUCAAUAUACUCUUGAAUUUUGAAGCAAUUUUUCUUCCACUUGUAAUCUUUUUUUUUUUUUUUUUUUUCCAUUAUACUUGAGGGGUUCGGCUACUGUGCGGAGGUUUUCAUUAGGGUUCGGCUCCUCUGAAAAGGUUAAGAACCACUGAUCUAGAUAGAUGGCUAGAUAGAAAGAUGAGAAAAAUGAGAGAGAGAGAGAGAGAGAGAGAGAGAGAGAGAGAGAGAGAGAGAGAGAGAGAGAGAGAGAGAGAGAGAGAGAGAGAGAGAGAGAGAGAGAGAGACUCCCUCCUCUCUUUCUCAAAUAUAAUACAACAGGCUUCAGCAUAAAUAUGUUAGUUAUUCAAAACAAUUUUCUGAAGAUAACAGACCACAGAAAACAGGUACAGACCUGUUUUCCUUAAUGGAUGAGUAAUUAUAGUAUGAUAUAUAGAUACAUCACCAAACUGAAGAAGUUGAAAGGUAUUUAUCUUAAAUAACUCUUACUGCACUCAAGUGUUAGAGACCAUUUCUUUCUGGACAAUGUUAUCAUACUAUUCAUAUUUCAUUAUAAUCCUUCGUGUAGAAAUUUACUAGUUUUUAAGAUUUUAGCAGCUGAUUGAACAUCAACAGGUUACCAUUUCAACGGCAAUAAGUUGUUAUUUAAGCAGCAACAGGUUCCUAUCUGUAGCAGUCAUAAGUUUUUAUCCGUUAGAUUUAGGUGAGAUUCUGUUUGUUUAAAAACAAAUUCAGUUUAGUGGUGGCAAGGCAUCCUGAAUUGGGUGUACUUCUAAAUAGUAAUUAGCCAUUAAAGUAACAGAAAUGAUCUUAACUUACCACUGCUAAAAGAGCAACCUAGUGUUGAUUAAUUACUUAAAACUAUAUUAUAAACAAACAGAACUCUACUUAACCCCUAAACAGAGGGGAUGUUCUGACAUUUUCCCGAAUAUUGCUCAAUUUCCACUAUCAAUUUCAUGGCUCUGCCUAUACCAAUAGCUUUAAAUUUAUGGGCAUUUCUUUUAUCCAUCCUUCCUCCUAAAUCUGCCACAAACCCAAAGUCUCAACAUCAUAAAGUGCUUCUGUGGUGAUAUGAUGAAGUGCAGUAACUUCUAGUUCACAGUGCUCAGCCCUUUGUUUGAAGCGGUGUGUAGGUUGUGGGUGGCAUGGUGUGGCAAGCGGCCCUCUCCCUCCCGGGACUCACGACCAUAGUAUUAGUCCUCCCCUUUGCCUUCCCGUCCCCAUCCCCAUACACGUGUCUGGGGUAGGUAUAAACCGCCCAGUCCCCUUCCUGUCCCCGGGGCAGAUAUGCGGGCAAGAAUAAGACCAAUCUGCACGCCAUCAUAAUGUUGGCAGCACUUUCAAACCAAUAAUUACAGAAAACGAGAUAAAUAAUGCAUUUUUCACACACCAUUGUAUUCAUAUACCUACAUUAUAUAUCAUAAAAUAAAAAAAUAGCGUAGUUGAUCUACAGGUAAAUAACAAGUAACACGAAUAAGUUAAUUUAAGAGAUAGGUUGGUAUCCAUGACUGGUCACACACACGCAAGCACCCACACUGGAGUAGCCAGGUCGUGUCAUUUAAGGCAUUUUUUGCCUCAAAUCUCCAUGGUCUCAAACAAAUGCCCUUUUUAUGGUAUAUGUUAAGUGUUGCCAUAAUAAUGCCAUAUUUAGUCAUCAAUCUAUUGUUUUCUGCCAUUUUGGGGGACAAUUAUAAAGGAAUCUUCAGGAAAAAAAUUACUUCUUGUACAAUAUGAAACUUAAUAGAACAAAGUGUAGUAGCAUUCUCACCUAUGUUGUAUAUCCUUCGUGAUAGUUUAUUCAAAGACAUAAGAAACUUCUUAACAUUACUUCCAUUUACCUCCUGCAAAACAUCAUCACUUUUCUAAGGCAUAAAAUCCUACUCUGAUGAUCAAAAUAUCCCACUGAGUAAUACUGUUGGGCUAGCACUGAUGGAGCGAGCACCCAGUCUGUGCUGCUGUAUGUUUACAAUCAAAUGGGAACACCAGAGUCUUUACACACUAAAAAAAAGUUUGCAAUACAAUAUCAGUCAUAAAAAUAUUCUGAUACUUUUAAAUAUAUUUCUUUCUAUAAUAACAAAUAGAACACUUUAUUUAUGAAAUAUACGAAGGGGAAGCUGAAGAUGUCCUGGUUCUCACCCCGCGGAGUCAACACUUUUUCGACCCCGUCCGCUCUCUCUCGAGGUAGUAUUAAACAACCCCAACCACGCAGGGACGUUUAAUACUGCAGUUCACAGCCAAGGGAAAGGGAAGGGAAGGGAAAGGGGAUGGGGAGAUUAAUACUACAGCCGUCAACCAAGCUACAAAGCGCCUUCAUCACCAUCAUAUUCUGAAUAUGAUAACCCUGAAGGGUGGUGGGAUGCAUCCUCAGGAUCUUCAAUAUCACUUCCACCACCACUGCAAUAAGACUGAUCUAUAGGAUGGCCACCAAAGUGAGGUUGCACAACGGGGCUCAGCCUUUCUGUUAGGACAAGGAGUUGGAGUUCAACACUUCUGCUGACACUGUGUUCACCCCUAACACUCCUUCCAAAGCUUGAAAAGUUACUUUCAGCUCUCCCAAUUGCAUUCACAUUGAGGGCUCUUUUGGAAGCAAGAGGAGGCUUAUGAAGUCAAGGUCACUGGCCGUGGAUACUCAGGCGCGGAAUCAGGUGAAACAGAUCCAAAAAACUCUCCUCCUGCCUUUGAAACAGUCAAAAAAACAUUGAAAACAGCACAGAGCAGUUGUGAAGCACCCUAGGCAUUACACUGACCCCAAAAUUCCUACACAAACUUAAAAUUACAAUGGAAAAAGGCAGACCGGAAAAAAAACUAUCACCUGCCCUUUAGGGGUUAAAAUUGUCAAUGGCUUACUAGUAAACUGUCACCACUAAAAAUAGUGACUGGAUAAUAGUUGGACCAACUGUUCAACUCAUCAGUUAUAAUUGUGAUUUAUUUGUUCAACCAUUUUCAUACUAACUGUUUGUAUGUAUGUGAGUGUGUAUGUGUUUCUCCACAACCUGAUCACUAGUUGGACUCGCAAUCGCAAGGAAGUACCCUCCUGAUUAGAGCAAGGUUCAUUCAAUCAAUCUCUGGGUACUGCCAGAGCCUCACACACCACACUCCCCACCCCCCCUUCCUCAAGGAGGGACAGUAACCACUCUUAGUCAGCAGAAAAAGACAUCCUGAGCAGGGUUCGAACCUCUGUCUGCACGCUAUGAAGCCUGGCCUGUCUGUGUGUGUGUGUGUGUGUGUGUAAUUCACAACGGCCUGAUCAUGAGUUGGACUUGCAAUUGUCAGCAAGUACCCUCCCAACAUGAGCAACCUCAUGCUCAUUAUAGUCAAUCGUAACAGGCCUCUAUGUACCGUUGGCUGCUAUGUACCACCAGCUGCUAUGUACCAUCCCUGGCUGCUAUGUACCAUCCAUGGCUGCUAUGUACCAUGAUUAUAGCUAUGUAACAUUAUUAUUAAUAUAAUUAAUAAUAAUGUUUAUUUGUUUGCCACGCAAAUAGAGAAUAGAGCAAAUAGAGCUCUGCUCAUUAUUUGCUUCGAAAAGGGCAACUUAGGAACUCCAGUGGAUCUGCUCACUAUUUGCUUCGAAACUCCAGUGAACUUGCUCAGUAUUUACUUCCUAACUCCAGUUAUCCUUUUUAUACUACCAUGGCAUCAGCACUUUUCCUUUGCUCAGGAUGUGGAUUGUGUGUUCGCCCUAGACAGGAAGCCCCUAUCUGUGACGGAUGCAACAAGUGGCGCCACUGCUUAUGUGGUACAGCAACAUCACAAUCUGAGUACCGGAAUAUAGACAGACGAUUGAAAGCUGGUCAAGUUUUCAUGUGGUGUUGCCCAGACUGUCCUGACUGGAUGGAAGUUUCAGGUGAUGCCGAUGAUCCUUUUAAUGCCUUCCCAGUCGAAGAGCAGCCUGCAACAAUCAACAACACACCCAAUGGCUUCAACAUCACACUUCCUAUUGAUGACAUCACGCCAGCUGCAGAAACAUCAUUAGAUGAUGAAGCAUUACCAACAACGAUCCUUGCAGACACUCCUGUGACCUACAAAAUUGUUUCCGGUGGAACAAGAAAAGGCAGCUCUCUCCUCGCUGAUUCUUUGGGUUUUACGUACACCAGGAAGAGAGAGUCAUCUGUCUCAGUCACAUGGAUAUGCAGCUACCGUGGUAAAAAGUGCUAUGCAACAAUUUCACAGCAAAUAGGAACAAUGAACUUCAAAAGUGGACACCACCAACACACACAUCCUGGGGAUCCUGGUGCUGAACUCAAAGCAUCGACACGAGCUUUCGUUAAAAAGUCUGCUUUGGAAUUUCCAUUUGCAUCAUCAGGGGAAAUAGUAAAGAAAUCACUCUCAAGCUGGGAAAAUUCAGAUGUUCCCUUACCAAAUAUAAACACUCUAGUCAGAUGCACCAAUCGCUCCAGGGAAGGACAAUGUCCAAAACAUCCUGAAGAUAUUAGUUUUGAAUUAAACACAGAUCGUGUUCCACAGGACUUUCUGCAAGCUGAUCUAUUGGAAAAUGGACAACAGCAUCUCAUAUUUGCAAAACCAAUUCAGUUGCAACACCUGUCCAAAUCUAAAGUUUGGUACAUGGACGGAACUUUUAAAAUUGUUCGUACCCCUUUUGUUCAACUUUUUAGUGUGCACAGUUUUAUAAAGAAGGAUGGAAUGAUGAAACAGGUUCCAUUGUGCUUUGUCCUAAUGUCAAGAAGAAAGAAAAAGGACUAUGUAGCUGUCUUAAGAAAAAUUACUGAUUUAACGUCAACAUCUGUUUGUGAAGUUGUUUUGGAUUUUGAAAGAGCACUAUGGUCAGCAGUGCGAGUGUGCAUUCCCGAGGCUUCCCUUCAUGGCUGCUGGUUUCACUGGGCCCAAGCAGUGUACCGCAGAGUGAAGAGACUAGCUCUACAAAAUGCCUAUAUUAAUCAACUCGCUGUAAGACAAUUCAUUCGGCAGAUAAUGGCGCUGCCAAACUUACCUCCAUCUCAUAUAGAGCCAGCUUCCUACUUGGUAUCUGGUACAUAGCAGCCUUGUUUGGUACAUAUAAGCCAAAGCAGUGGUACAUAGGAGCUGGUACAUAGCAGCCGACGGUACAUAGCAGCUAGCAUUCAUAGUCAAUCUAUGGGUACUGCCAAGACCUCACACACCACACACCCCAACCCCCUUGCUCAAGGGGGUACAGUAACCACUCCUUGUCAGCGGAAAGAUUCCAGCCUGCUGAGCAGGGCUCAAACUGCUGCCUGUCAGGUCAUGAAGCCUGGCAGCGCAGUGCUCUAACCAAUUGAGCUACGGAGUGGUGUGUGUGUGUGUGUGUGUGUGUGUGUGUGUGUGUGUGUGUGUGUGUGUGUGUGUGUGUGUGUGUUUGCAACAUCCCCUGCUCUGUUAGUUCUAAGCUAAUUUGGUGGGUGUCAUAAAAUGUUUUGAGGCCUUCUAAAACUUGACUUUUACAAGCUUACCAACCAUUAAGUCGGUGUAAAACAACAACACUGAGUCCCCAUGUCUCUGCAGACCCCCAAAAGAGUAGGCACCGGGCGGCACAAACACACAGCAAAGGCUGGCGUAUACUCAGUUUUGCAUGAUCAAUAGUACCAAGCAA